GAGUGUUCCCCCGUUUAACCAUCGGUGGCAACGUAAAAUGGCCGCCCUCUGGCUCCAACCGCGAGGUCUCUUGUGUGGCAAGUAAACAGCAUUGUGAGUUCAUAUAUGUCCGUGAUCCCUAAUUUGGGGCCCAGCGGACAUAGUAAUAAUAGAAUCACGUGGAAACUACCUUGGGAGUUAUUCCCAACACUCCCAAGAUGUGUUUGCAACCAUGGUCAGCCGCAACUUUAAGAAUGUGCUGGUGGUGUCGCUGGGCUUUCUGUCGCUCUUCACGGCGUAUGGUGGACUGCAGAGCCUCCAGAGCAGCCUGAAUGCGGAGGAGGGCAUGGGUGUGACAUCUCUGAGCGUCAUCUAUGCGUCCAUCAUCAUCUCCUCCAUGUUCCUGCCUCCCAUCAUGAUCAAGAACCUGGGCUGCAAGUGGACCAUCGUGGCCACCAUGGCUUGUUACGUCUCCUACUCCUUCGGGAACCUCUACCCGGGAUGGUACACGCUUAUCCCCACCUCUGUGAUCUUGGGCUUGGGGGGCUCCCCUCUGUGGUCGGCCAAGUGUACCUAUCUCACCAUCUCGGGCAACAAGCAGGCGGCCGUGGAGGGCAAGAAGGGUUCGGACGUCAUCAACCAGUACUUUGGCAUCUUCUUCUUCAUCUUUCAGUCGUCGGCCGUGUGGGGGAACCUCAUGUCCUCUCUCAUCUUCGGGCAGGACACUAACAUAGCCGACAUUUCGGAAGAGCAGCUCCGGGGUUGCGGGGCCGCAGACUGCGGCCUGACGAUCCCCUCGAACAGCACCACCAGCAGGCCGGAGCAGAAACUGGUGUGGACCCUGGUCGGAUGCUACAUUGGCGUCGGCGUGCUGGCCAUGCUGAUCGUGGCCGUGUUCCUGGACAACAUCGACCAGGAGCGGGCCAGUCGUUUCCGCGGCAGCGGCGAGCCUUUCUGCCACACCUUCCUGGCCACUUUCCGUCUUCUGAAGGACUGGCGGAUGCUCAUCCUCAUCCCGCUCACCAUGUACAGCGGCUUUGAGCAGAGCUUCCUCGCCGGCGAGUACACCAAGAACUACGUGACGUGCGCCUUGGGUAUUCACUACGUGGGCUUUGUGAUGAUGUGUUUCGGGGCAUCUAAUUCCCUUUGCUCCUUCCUUUUUGGACGACUGGCUCGCUACACCGGCAGGGCGGCGCUAUUCUUACUGGCGGCGGUGGCGAACUUCUCAUGCAUCAUUGGGUUGUUGUACUGGAGGCCUCAUCCUGACCAGUUGGUUGUCUUCUUUGUGUAUCCCGCCCUGUGGGGAAUGGCGGACGCCAUUUGGCAGACGCAGACCAACGCGCUGUACGGCAUCUUAUUCCCCGCCGAGAAGGAGGCGGCCUUCGCCAACUACCGCAUGUGGGAAUCUCUGGGCUUUGUGAUUGCGUUUGCAUACAGCACCUUCUUGUGUCUGGAGUACAAACUGUACAUCCUGCUGGCAAUGCUGCUGCUGACCGCCGUCACCUACCCGGUGGUGGAGUACCACGAGCACAAGAACCCCACCAAAGCCGAGGACGACCAACACGACAAGGAAGCCGUUGCCAUGGCAACGGCUUUCCCAACUGGCAAAGUUUCCUGCCAGACCCGACUUUGAACAAACAACACUGUAAGCUGCUACCAUAAUCACAACAACAAUGGCUCAAAAGUGUUUUUUUUAUUUAUUUUUUAAAUUUUACUCAUACAAACAUCACCUGAACAAAGUUGAUCUUACCCUUUUGUAAAAUAACAACUGUACGUACAUUCUAUACUUAUUUUAAAUUAUUGUAUUAAAUAUACUAUGUUGUA